AUGCCGCGGCCUCCGCUGGCAGUGCAGGCGGUGACCCUGGCCCUGGUGCCCCUGGUGUGCGCCGUGGGUGUGGCGGGCAACGUCAUGGUGGUCCUAGUGGUGGUCCGGAGCCGCCACAUGGUCACAUCCACCAACUGUUACCUGGUGAGUUUGGCAGCCGCAGACCUGCUAGUGCUCCUGGCCGCCGGAGUGCCAACUGUGACCGAAGUUGUGUCCGCCCAGGUGUGGAUCUUCGGCCACGUGGGCUGCCUGGCCAUCACCUACCUGCAGUAUGUGGGCAUCAACGCCUCCACCGGCUCCAUCACGGCGUUCACGGUGGAGCGCUACCUCGCCAUCUGCCGUCCGCUGCGCGCCCAGGCGCUGUGCACCGUGGCGCGGGCCAAGCGCAUCGCGGCGCUCGUGUGGCUGGGCACCGGCGCCUACUGCGUGCUCUGGCUCUUCCUGGUGGACACGCGCGUGGACACGUACGCCGACGGCGUGCAGGUGCUGUGCGACUACCGCAUGUCACGUUCCCUCUACCUGCCCGUCUACUUCCUGGACUUUGCGCUCUUUUACGCGCUGCCCCUGGGCCUGGCCACCGUGCUGUACGUGCUCAUCGCGCGCGUCCUCUUCCUCCAGCCGCUGCCGCCUGAGGGUCCAGGGCGCGCGGGCUCUGUGCACCAGGGAGGCCCCGCUGGCCAAGCUCGCUUCAGCUCCAGGGCCCAGAAGGGCGCCCUCAACUCCCGGAAGCAGGUCACCAAGAUGCUGGCCGUGGUGGUGGUCCUCUUCGCCUUGCUGUGGCUUCCCUACCGCACCCUGGUGGUGGUGAACUCCUUCCUGAGCCCACCCUACCUCAACCUUGGCUUCCUGCUCUUCUGUCGCCUCUGCAUCUACCUGAACAGUGCCAUUAACCCCAUCAUCUACACCCUCAUGUCCCAGCGCUUCCGGGAGGCCUUCCACGGGCUCUUCCAGUGCUGGCUGUUCCGGCCCAAGCUCCCGCCCCAGGAGGUCACCCCCAUGUACUACAGAGCCAUCCGAGACUGUUCACAGCAGAACUUGGGCUCAUAG